CCAUACAUACAAGACAAAAAGUGCGUCCCUUUGUUCAAGCCCUUACGGCAUGACGACAUGACAUAGUGUUUUCAGUACAUCAACGGGUUGUAUUCACAGCGGAAUAUGCACAUUUAGAAUCGGCGCCGAGUAUACUGAAAACAGGUGAGAGCUCGAUGCGCUUCGCUGCAAAAGGUCGUAAGUUUGUAUUCGAGUUUGCUGAGGCUGCCGAUGGCUAAAGCAUAAAGCUGCCGUGAUAUUGCGCUCAUAUCAACCCGUACGACUGGCGAGAAAGGUGUAUAGAAACGAGCCAUUCCUUCUCUGGUAAGGAGAUUCAACCCGUCCGAGAGAAAGCCAGCUUCGUCCAAAACCGGCUUCUGGUGCCCUGAACUGUGUACUUCGGCAUAAACCUCGAGGUUUGUGUAAAGGACGUCUCCAUUCUACCAUGGGAGAAUAUUUACUGAUAGCUCUGGCUACACUGGGAGGCGUUAUAUCAGGCGCAGCCCCCAAGUGCUUGCCGAGGGACUAUGGCUUUGGCAGCCCUGUGUGCGUGUGCAGCAUGACGCACUGCGACUUCAUCGGCGACGUAAGGCCUCCGCCUAGAGGCAAAGCGUUUGCCUUCGAGAGCAGCAAGGCUGGCCUCCGUUUCGCCCGAACCAUCUUGCUCCUCAAUUCAAUGAAUUCGCCAGGAGAGAAAAAGGAAGCCCAGCAGUUGACAAUAAAUCCACCCAUUAACGAUAAUCGUGGUGCCGGAAACAGCACUGUGGUUCUUGUGAUAAACGAAAAAAAAAGGUACCAAAGCAUAUUUGGGUUUGGAGGUGCCUUCACCGACGCCGUGGGAAUAAAUCUGAAAAACCUGCCACACAAAAUGCAAGAUGACGUUAUCAAGUCCUAUUAUUCGAAAGAAGGACUUGAAUACACCAUUGGCCGGAUCCCGAUGGCCAGUACUGACUUCUCAGUGCGAAAGUACACCUACGACGAUUUCCCCGGUGACUUCAAACUGCUCAACUUCACUCUCACCGAGGAAGAUUUUCAGCUUAAGAUUCCAUAUAUCAAAAGAGCGAUGUCUGUGUCGACAAAGCCUAUCUGGUUCUAUGGAAGCCCCUGGAGCAGCCCCGCUUGGUUGAAAACCAGCAAAAGUUUGGUGGGGCGAGGGUUUCUCAAAGGAAGAACGGGAGGACUCUUCUACAAGACCUGGGCAAAGUACUUUGUCAGGUUUGUCCAAGAGUACGAGAGACAAGGGGUUCCCAUGUGGGGUCUGACGACGCAGAACGAGCCAACGUCCGGCAUCAUGCCACUCUAUCCCUGGCAGGCUAUGGGCUUCACGCCUCAAACACAGAGGGACUUCAUCAAACAGGAUCUGGGGCCGGAGUUGACAAAGGCAGGCUAUGGCCCGCACAGGCUGAAACUCAUGAUUUUCGACGACAACCGUAUUGGAAUGUGGUACUGGACAAACGUGGUACUAGGCGACCAUGAAGCAGCCAAAUACGUGAGUGGAGUGGCUGUACAUUGGUACAAGAACUGGCUAAUGGGACCUUGGGUAUUGAACAUGGUACAUAACAGCUACCCGGGAAAGUUUAUCUUGCCUUCUGAGGCCUGCACAGGUUAUAAUAGUGAGCCCGAGUACAAGGUGAUGCUGGGCAGUUGGAGUCGCGCCGAGGAGUACGCCACCGACAUACUCCAGAACCUUAAUCAUUGGGCUAACGGCUGGACGGACUGGAACCUAGCUUUGGAUACUCAAGGCGGCCCCAACUGGGCUAGAAAUUUCGUCGACGCGCCCAUCAUAGUGAACGCUACUGCUAAAGAGUUCUACAAACAGCCAAUGUACUACGCCUUAGGCCACUUCAGCAAGUUUCUCCCUCGAGGCAGUAUCAGGAUUGACUUGCGUCUUAGUCGAAGUACAGAGAACCUUAGCUACGGAGCCUUCCUGACACCAGAAUCAGCUGUCGUUGUGAUCGUCCUCAACAGAGGCGAAGAAAGAGUCAUGCUCGAAAUCAAAGACAAGUAUGGUUCUGCAAAUAUCAGGAAAGUCAUAGAAGAACGGUCGAUAACAACGUUUAUCUGGCGGUUAUAGCUUUCACGCCUGCCCUCAACGGUCGCGUUUUUCGUCCACCGAAAGUACUUCCUUUCCUCGCGUUUAUGCCGCUGUAUAAUUGUCCCAAUUGCCGAAAAAAAAAGUUGAUUCAAUGCUACAGUAGGGCGUAAUAUUUAUUGCUAUAAAUUCUUCGUUUAAUAUUAGAGCAUCUCGAAGAGUAAACUGCGACUUAUAUAAGGAGCAAAGGCUGCCAAGGACAGAAGGGGCAUAAGGUUUCUGACAAGCUGUCUUAUUAUCCUAUGAUACGUUACAACUAGAGAAUGCAUUAAUGUCAAACAUAAAGCACAAAAAAGCAAAUAAAGCAUUCUAUUGAAGCAAAUUCAAUCCUCUCACUGUUAGAGGAAGGCUUCUGGGCACAAUUUUCUCUUUACUGUCCGCACAAAUAUGAACAGCUGUUUAAUAUUUCAAAAAUAUUCAACAGCUGCGCAUACUCCAUGGUGCUUUUACGGGACAAUUUUUGUUGAUAUUCUUCACGUAAGUGUCACAAUCAGUGUGCGUUUUUGCAUUCAGUAGUUUCAAGGAUUAUGUUAGAAAAAGCCUUAUGUUAGGACCAGCACCGAUUUCCCCAUUCAAAUUCAUGCGAAAUGGAGAAAAGCUUUUACUAGACAACCCCUGAACCAAUUCCAAGCAAAGUUGUUGCAUUUAGGAAAAAAUCUCAAUCAUGCCUACUAUAAAAAGCAGAAUUUUACUUUGUGACCUCGAAUUUUCUACAAGAAGUGUCGAAAAUUGCAACGAUAGCAAUACUGAAGUUCAAACUUUACAAAUCUGUUACUCGGCACCGACGACAGAUAUGGCAGUUCUGUUAGCUAGAUCUGUUAGAACAUGAAAGGCAAACUAAUGCGUUAUAAGUUUACAGUUUACGCGAAACUGUUGCAAUGCUUACGAAGCUUUCACAAAAGUCUUGUUACAAAAUUAGUGCUAUUUUCAAGAGCAGUGUAUAACACAUCAAUUUUGUCUGCAAGAUGUCACAAUAAUUUCAAUUUACGUAAUGGUAAUAUCACCUUCUAAUGCUUAGCAACGGAUUUGCAACGGAACGUGCCUCAUAAACAGAUCGUAGUUUUGGCACGUAAAACCCCAUAAUUACGUUCUGUCCAUUUCAUUGCUUGUCACGUGGUUCAUUUCUGGCGCGGUCACACGUUUUAUCAGUGUUGACGCAGACGCUGUACUUUUUUUUUUUCGUGUUAUUCGUUGGUCAUUAUUCCCAUAGUCGUGCGGGUUUUAUCACUGACUGGGCCUUAGGCGUUUGAAAGGUGUUAUGUUUUGGGUAGUUGAUAGUGAAGCGUAGACGGUAUUUUCUAUGUCUCGUUUUUUUUCUACCCGUUGGUUUGGUAAAGACUGUGCUCGAUGAAUCGCUUCCCGUGCUGAUCCACGUGUGGUUCUUGUUUGCUCUUUUGAUCUUUUGUAUCAGAUAUGAUUCCUGAGUGGUCGAUGGAUUGCUGUAUUGUACUUCUAACGUUUCGUGUGUGAUUCGGCUUGAUUGACCAAUAUAAGGCAGGCUUGUUGCGGAAAUAAACUUAGUUGUGAGUGGC